AUGGCGCCGCCAGUGCGGGCGGCCGAGCCACCGCUGGUGUGCACGUACCGGAAGGCGGACGGGUGGCGGGAGGGCUCGUGCGGGGUGUGCCUGGCGGACCUCGCCGACGGCGACGCCGUCAGGGUGCUGCCGGCGUGCAUGCACUACUUCCACGCAGCCUGCGUCGGUGAGUGGCUGUGCGCGCACGCCACCUGCCCGCUCUGCCGCGCACCGCUCGUCGCUCCCGCCGACGACACCACCUAG